AUGCGAAAUGAAUUAAGAACUCUAAUUGCAAGGUACCAACCCGAACAUGUAUUUAAUGCUGAUGAGACAAGUUUAUUCUAUAGAAUGGAAUCCAAUCAAACUUUAUCAUCCGGCCCCGUAUCUGGAAAAAAAAAG